UCCUGCUCUUCUUCUUUGAGUCCAGAAACAUGGCCGACUCCGACACAGAGGAUGUGCCGACGCUGCCGGCGGAUACCCUCGCUAUUUUACAGCAAUUUCAGCUGGAGCAGCAGGAGAAAUUAAAGAAACUUGAAGAGACCGUGCAAAAUCCGUCCGGUGAAAAGGGUGACAUUGAGAUAGAAGAAGAUUGGCAACUAAGUCAAUUUUGGUAUGAUGAUGCCACAGCAAAUGCGUUAGCAGAAGAAGCUCUUCGCUGUGUUGAAAAUAAAGGGCGUAUUGCUUUAAUUUCCUGCCCUACUCUGUACAGGCCGCUCGUUAAAUUGAAAAGUGCAGAAUGUGUUGUAAAAUUGCUUGAGUUUGAUAAGCGAUUUUCUGUGUAUGGGGACAAUUUUGUAUUUUACGAUUACAAUUCUCCUUUGGAGCUUCCAGCGGAUCUGUCUAAAUCCUUUGAUUUAGUUAUUGCGGAUCCCCCUUUCCUUUCAGAGGAAUGCCUCUCCAAGGUGGCUAUUACUAUUGAACUUCUUAAAAAGGAAAAAGUCAUCUUAUGCACUGGUGCUGUUAUGCAAAAGCUUGCUGAGGAUCUUCUCCAGUUAAAAAAGAGCAAAUUUACACCUCAUCACAAGAACAAUUUAGGCAAUGAAUUCAGCUGCUACUCUAACUAUGAUAUGGACAGCUCUAUGAAUGUGCAGGCCACAGCACAGCCUUAAAUAUAACUUUCUCUGUAAGAUGAAUGAAAUGAAAUUAAAUGUACUAUUUUCUACCAUGAAAGAUUUUUUAUUAAAAGUAAGACAUCCAGAGAAACAG